UAUUUCAUUCUUUUACGGAAUUUUAGUCCUUUUGGUCACGAGGACCAUCAUGCGGAAGAAUCCCGGGUUCUGAUGAUGAAGGAAGCAAAACAAACAGAUUAUCUUAACCUUUCCACCUACAAAAAAACCUUUUAAGACUCUUGAAUAUAUCUAUAUUCAGGAGGAGCAAUAAUAACUGUAUUCAGGAGGAACUAUCCGGGUUGAUCCCUGAGAAAUGUCGUCGGAGGAAUUCGAGAAGUUGCAGGAAAUCUACAGAUCUUUGUACGAGGAGCUGAAGUUAAUUCCUGACAGAGCCGCGAAAUGUCACGGAGUGGGUGUUUGAAAGGAUGGAUGGAUGGAAGGAGCCUCUGUAACCUGUGUGCUCUGGUCUGCAGAGGAGAGGAAGAGGCUGGUGAGGAGCUUCGAUGAGCGGCAGGGAGAGGCUGAGGAGGUGUUGCAGGGCAUGGAGGACGAGCUCCGUGCGGCGCCGGCGUCCUACAGAAACGCCAUGAGCACCAAGCUGCGUCUGUACCGCAGAGACAUCGGCAAACUGCAGAGGGACAUGAAAACCUUUGCUCCCGGCUUCGGCCCCGCCCCCCUGACGUCUCACGGCGACCGCCAGGGCCUCUAUUCACCCGAGAACCAGCAGAGUACACACCUGCAGUCGCAGAGGUCGCUGCUGCUUCAGGGGACGGACUACCUGAACAACGCCACGCAGAGCAUCGAGCGCAGCCAGCGCAUCGCCGUGGAGACGGAGCAGAUCGGUACAGACAUCAUCGAAGAGCUGGGGGGGCAGAGGGAGCAGCUGGACCGAACCAGAGACAGAUUGGUGAACACGGGAGAGAACCUGAGUCGAAGUAGGAAAGUUCUGCGGGCCAUGUCUCGGCGGCUCAUGACAAACAAGCUGCUCCUGGCUGUCAUCAUUCUAAUGGAGCUCGCCAUCCUGGGCGCCGUGAUCUACCUGAAGUUCUUCCGGAAGUGAGGGAGCGUCUGGAGAGGAGGAGCUUCUGCCCUGUAGCAAUAAUCCUGUUGGUGUGAGCGAGUCCGCUCUGAGACCAGGCCCUUCCUGAAGACGUCUGACUAGAGAAGCACCUCCUUUGACCUCACAGAAGCUCCUCAGAGGGACGUUUGCUCUUGCCAGGGGUUUUCUGAAGGUCACGGGGUCAAAGGUUUCGAGGUCAAGAAAUUUCUCUGUUUGGCUUUGAAGGCCUGAGAUGAAGCCAGAACGCUCACAGUAGUAGAAAUAACCCUGAGAAGUAUUUCUGACCUCUUACACAUGUGGCCAAAUUUUCUUUUGCUCUAAAUGUAAAACGAGGACCUAAUCUAUACGGUAUGCCAUUUCCUUUACCUACACAUAAAUAACACCACUUCCUGUUCAGUGCUUAGUUGGCUCCAUUAAAGCUAACCUGCUACUCAUCUGUUUGGUGUUAUAUCUAAAGAACGUUGCUGUGGAAAAACCAGAAUAUUCCUCCUCAAAAGAUGUGGAAAAAUCAACUGUUGCAGUUCCUCAAUUGACCACUAGAGGCUGUUCCCCAAAGGAAGAUAUUUCCAAUUUAGAUGGCCUAUAUCCUGCUUUUCUGAAGCUUUUCUGUGUAAACUACAUCCAUGUGACAAUAAAUGACCUUUGGCACACUAAA